AUGGGUAUUGUUGACUACUUUAGUCGACCACGUGGCCAUCAGGAACAUGGUGGUGAUGAAAUACCCACUACAAACUCCCCGAAAGUUGUCGAGCCGAAGAUAAUCUCGAGUCCGGACUUUUCCGGCGCUGUGACGCCUGCGCAAAUGCUCCCUUCCCCGGUUGGAAGUGAGGAUGCUCUUAUUUUCGAGAAGAUCCCGCAUCAGUUCGGCCGCCUGGGUUCUUGGAAAGGGUCUUUGAUCUUGCUGGUCACCUCCGGCUCUCAGUUUCUAGACAAUGUAUUCAUGACAAGCGCCAACAUUGCUCUGUCCUCCAUUCAACGGGAUUUUGGUGUGUCCAGUACAGACUUACAAUGGAUGAUCUCUGCAUACACUUUGUCAUUUGGUGGCUUCCUUUUAUUAGCCGGUGCUUUGUCUGAUCGGUAUGGAAGAAAGAAGAUUCUGUGUCUGGGUCUUGCCUGGCUUUCAGUGUGGACUCUAGCCAUUGGAUUCGGGCAGUCGUUUAUUCAACUUACGGUUUUCCGUGGCAUUCAAGGAAUUGGAGCUUCGAUGACUGUACCAUCUGCUAUUGGAAUCAUCAGCUCCUAUUUCAGUGGUGUUGAUCGCACCCGUGCACUGUCAAUCUAUGGAGCCUCGGGAACCCUGGGAUUCUGCACCGGUCUCAUCUUUGGUGGUUUCUUGACCUCUUCGCUGGGCUGGAGAUAUAUAUUCUACCUGAUUGUUGUCAUAACUGGGUCCUUGGGAAUCCUAGGGUUUCUUGUCCUCCCAGGCGAUGUUCCUUCCGAAACGAAGCACGAAAGAAUGGACUACGUUGGUGCAGUGAUGUCUACAGCUGGUCUAAUCCUACUUCAAUUCGUCCUUUCCAGUGGUGGAACCUACGGCUGGGACCAGCCAUUCAUAAUUGUCCUACUGAUUCUGGCGGUCGGUCUUCUAGUUGGGUUCACAAUCUUCGAGAAGUACGUCAGCAACCCUAUCAUGCCACUUUCUUUGUGGAAGAUUCGCAAUUUCGCCGGUCUCUGGGUUAUUGGCUUCACUGGCUAUGGCACCUACCAGAACGUUAUUUACUACAUCGUCCUUCUGGCACAGGAAGUGGACAAACUUUCCGCUGGGGAUACCGCAAUUCGCUUCUUGCCUAUGGGAGCCAUUGGCUUCAUUGUUUCUCUUGGAACAGGAAAGCUUCUUGAAAUCAUGAACGGAAAGCACCUCCUCAUUGCCGGGCUGGUCCUGGCUGUAGUCGCCCCCAUCUCAAGUGCUUUGACUUCCAAUCCUGAGGCAGGCUUUUGGCUCAACGUUCUCCCCACGUCGCUCAUCAGUAUCUCAUCUGUUUCUUUCAUCUUUGUUACGACGAGCACUGUGGUACUCACAAGUGUACCGGUCGAAGUCAAGAGUUUGGCUGGCGGAAUGCUCAACACUGCAUUCCAAAUUGGCUCUGGUGUCGCAUUGGCUAUCUCAGCGGCCGUUACCGAUGCUGUCGACAUCCAGCAAGGACAUGGUUUUGCUAAGCAAUAUGCUACUGGUCUCUGGUGCUCAGUUGGUCUAGCCGGACUAGGCCUUAUAAUCGGUUUGUUUGCGGUCCGACACAAAGGUAUCGGACCUCAAGAUAGAUUGGGUGCCGGCCCAGUUGCUAUCUAA